AUGCUUAAUGUUGUUUUCCCCAUAUGGAUACCUUUUAAGAGUACCUUAAAUUAUAUACUUCAAGAGUUUGAAAAUGAAAAUAUAUGUACGAAUACUAUUCUCAAGUUUAAAUUUACUAAGAACAAGAAAAAGAGAAAUAAGAUGCUUCCAUUAUUUAUAUAUGAAAGUAGUAUCGUAAAAUUCAUUAACAUAUUUAAUAUUGGAAUGGAAAAUAUAAAUGUAGAGCAUAUGCAUGUGGGAAAUAUUUAUGAGGAAGAGAAUAAUUCAGAAAAUAUUAUCACAGAAAAUGCUGUUGCAUGUAAUAUUAAAUUUAGUUGUUACAUGAAAUAG